CCGUUGCAGCAAUCACAUUGAGUCAUCGACCUGCGGGGGACGAAGCAAGACUGUGGACAUUCCGCCUUGUUCUACUGCCACAUGGCCUCCGACUCUUGUUGAUGGCAUGAAACCGAUGGAAGCUGAAGACUUCCGCGUACUGCGACAAGAGUGUCACAGGACUUACAGGACUCACAGGAUUCACAGCCUCACAGCCUUACGCGCGCACUACAGAGUACCGUACUCUUACUAACUCCUAGUAACUACAGUAUACAUGUACUCUCCAACGACAUGGACCCAUGGAGGCGGCCACUGCACCGGCCGGGAUGUCGGCACGUUACAGUAUCAAUAGCACCCGCGCUGCAGCCUACGCACUCACUUCGUUAGUCGUACUGAGGCUGUCCACUCCACUGUGCGCGGGAGGCGACGUGUGAUGAGACGAGAGGGUCCUGUUCCUGUGCUUCAUUUCCUUCCAUCAUCCCACCACCCACACGCUUGCUCGUGGCCCACAGGCCUCCCGUCGCCGAGGCUUGACGGCGUGCUGCCUGUACCCGGUACAACACCGUCUGGAACGAGUCUGUCGAUGAACUCAGUUGAACACUGCACGGCGGCCUUGGGGCCACUGACGCUCCUGGUUGAUAGCGUUUGAGGUAGACAGCCACUAGAACUAUGGCCUUUCCCGUGCGCACAAGCUCGAGGCGGCUACAGAAGAAAGUCAUUGUAAAGGAACGCCUGAAGCAGGAAGCUGAGCAGGCAAAGGCGGACAUCAUUGACACACCACAGGACUUCAAUUCCAUAGAAGAAGCGGUAGAUGAGCACAGGCGCAGCAUGACAGGAAGACCACAACCUGCUGGAGUUGGCAAGAGGAGGGUCAAGCGACAACCUUCUGCGAAGCGAGCUACACCACUCGCUGCGAAGGAAGCUGCUGAGCUGCUCAAAGAGCAGCACCUUUUAUGUGGCAAAGACUUCGAACGGACGGGCCAGAUUAUUGAGUAUUCCAAUGGCCCAGACACUUUCAACUUCCCAACGCCAUCACCACGAAUGCCAUCGCGCAGCGCGACACAUGAUGAUCAGCAAAAACCGACUCUGCCGCCAGGAGUGCUUCGACGCAUGACCGCUCGCGAUGCGGCCUUCUUGCAGCCAUACGGCGACUCUCCGCGGAUAGGCAUGACGGAUGGAAACUCAUUGUCGGGACCACCUACAUGGGCUAGGUCGCACACUGCGGAUGUUAUCAUGACCACGAAAACUACUGCCGCGUUUCCGCCCGCCCGACCUUCGUCACCUACACGACACGAAGAGCAUGUGAUGAAUCCUUUUCCACAGCCGAAGACCAAGAAAAAGUCGAAUUGGAGAGCCUUCAGCAAUCUUUUUCGCAACAAAACGGCCACGGACCCAUUCUACCAAGUCAAACCACAGGACACUACUGUCCGUGUAACAGCAGUCCAUGAUGCUCCCACGCCAAACCUCAAGGCCCCAGAAGUUGAACGACCAGAGAGGCCGACGACUCCCUUGUCGUGUCUGGCACCAGCACCUGAUGUCUCACCCCUGUCGUCAGGUAGAACAUCAAGGCAAGAGCAGCAUCCAGAUGCAAGCCAUCGCACGUCGCUCCUGCCGAAAGGCCUUGGUAUACGCCCAAGAGGCACACCCAUUCCGACAACAUCGCCACAACCCAAGUCGCCCGGAUUGUCGCGCAGAUCCGAAGAUAUUUUGGAACAGCGCCAAACCCGCCAGGAUUCGCCACUCUCUUCUGACAAUGAACACGAUGAGAAGCCGCGCCCAGUCCUGAGAGUACCACGACUCGAUCUGGACCUACCGACGUUAGACUUCCCACGUUAUAGUGUCAUGUUUGAGAAGCAGUUAUUGAACAGCUCCAAGCCUUCACUUCGAGAAAGGAGACAAAGCAAGUUGCAGCUGCAGCGCUCGCAGUCGCAGAGAGAUGAAGACUAUCUUCGAGUAGAUACCAAUGGCGCCAACGUCAGAUUGAGCAGGAGGCAGACUUCGCCAUCGUUCAAGCGUACACUCGCGAUACGUACAGAAGAAGAGCACACUUCUACACAUGACCCCAUGACAGCAAUGCGUCGGCCAGGACCGAUGCCACGUUCCAAGACUGCAUCCCAAGCUGCAACAACAACACCAGACGCCAAGUUUCUGCAACCAAAACGCCAUGAUACGCACCAGAGCAGCUCGCCAGAAUCCCCUGACUCGGCAUUUUACAGCGAGAACUCUCUACCACCAACUCCUACCACAGCCGCCACAUGUACAGACACCGAAUCCGUUCGACACAUUCUCGACAACGCGGAACCAGCCUGGGGCAGAGCAAAUCUCUCGACGCGACCACCAAUCAAAUCAGCACCACCACCCACCAUCCGGUCCAAAUCGUACUCAACACCCACAAACGCCCCCCGUCCAGGCGGCGAAUACACACAUGUCGGCGAGCGACCCUAUCCCCAAGGCAUCAAGAAUAACCACGACUUUGAACGACACAUCGUACAAGUCAGCGUCGCUCGACAAGUCAGUGUCAGUCGUGCUAGAACACGAGUCAUGCGAGCGAUGGAAGGCACUGCGAAACCUGCUGUAGUGCCUCUCAGACCAAGACUUGUGCAGCUUUCGCCUUCGAAUCGGAAAUCUGCCGUCGGUGUUCUUGAGAAUGCUGCGGCAGAGAUGGAUGAGAUGCCCAGGGAUGCUGCUGCGCAUUCAAGGGCGGCGAGCUUGGCUUUUUCGCAGGAUCUCAAGACGAAGAGUGAGGCAGGCUGAAGGAGAGUGUUCAGACAAGAGCGGGUUAUGCCGAACUGGGAGGCGCAGCAGAGAUACAAGGCUGCUGCUACAUAUCGACUGUGAUGGUCAAAGGGCGGAAUACAUACAGACAGAACCAGAAGCUUCUGGACAUUAUCGAUCUUCUUUGCUACGAGCCUGCUUUCUUAGGGGGCAAAUGAACCCAAUUCCUACUUUCCCAGUCAAGGUAGAAAAGAAGAAGAAAUUGCAGCCAGUCUGCCACAGAACUCGCAUAGGUUCUCCUACAUGUAGCCGAUCAGGUAUCGAAAUGCAGAAACAACACAGGCGUAAAACUGAG